UCUGGACCGCACUCCAGUUUCCGGUCGCAGGUGUGCGCAUGUGCGAUGAAAUCUGGUACAAUGCGGAAUAUUGAAUAUCAAAUGCUGAUUUUUCGCGCUUGGACCAUUACUCACAGAGCUAUUGAGUGUAGUCAGUUUGCAAAUUGCAUAUUCAUUUUUGCAUGAUCCUGUUAGACCGCUAAUUAUCACGUGUGAUUCCGAGUUUUAGGACCUACCGCGCUUAUCCGGAGUGGAGCUUUUUAAAUAUUGUGGCGGCCUUUCGCAGCGGAGCACUAACGGUCGCGGUUCGAAGUAGUCUGACUUGAAGAACUAUCAAUAUUAACACGAUGGUAAUGUUGGCUGUGUUUGCCUUUGAUGAUUUUUCUGUCGACAUUGGUGAGCUCUCCUGGAUUGAGGGAGAAUUUGACGAGCAGAAUGAAGCACAAGAAUAUGUCGUGCGAUGGAGGGAACGAAAUGGAAAAGUUAAACUUUGUUCGGCCAAAAUAAUGGCAACCGGAGAGGAUAGGAGAGAACUGGUCGAAGUGAGGAAGAAAGCGGAGUUAGGCCUUCUGGAUGUGGCAGUCACACCUACAUCUAAAUGUGGAAAAGGCCAAAGGCGAAAAAUUCCAAAUUCAAAGAACGUGGAGCCAUCUGAGGAUGGAAAUGAUGAGCAUGUGGCCGAGCCGAAGACCAAGUCAAAACGCAAGCAGGCAUCAACUGCACAAAAUGCCAGCAAAAGUAUUUUGCAGAAGUACAAAAAUGCACAAUUGGAUAUUGACAACUCUGCCAUAACUGCAACUGAGACCCCAUCUGGCUCAACUGAGACUCCUUGUGGCAAAAGAUGUGCUGAAGCAGUACGACAAAUGCAGGCAAUGGUGAAUGAAAUGAGAGGCAUCAGACAAGAGAUUCUGGGCAUAAGAGCAGAGAUGCUGGUGAGAUCGGCAGCGCCCUCAGUGGAGCAGGCACGAAGGUGUCAACCGCCUAUUGCGGCCAAUACGGCCAAACCAUCAACACCAUUGGAUGUAACCAAUGAAGAUGAAUCUGCCUCAAAUGAUUCUGUGAUCAUCUCUCAAUCUGUGAAAUCGAGAUCUUCACGGACCUCGGCACAAAAAUUUGUGAAUGACCUCAUGCACGGGAUUUACUCAACGGAAUAUAUGGCGACACACAGCGUGUCGGGGUUAUCCUCAACGAAGGCAGCCAACGUCAAGGCGGCACUGCCUCGUGACCAUGUCAUGGAAAUUAUUGCUGAAGCACGCAAGGUCUUCCCCGAGGCAGCGGAAGCUGACAUCAGGCGCUUCAUGAGGGAAAAAUUGUCGAAUGCAGCCAAAAUUCUGCGGCGUAAAGAGAAGUCUGACCGGACUUAAUGCUAUGUAUGGAGAUUUUAAUCAGAAUGUUAGCGAAAAGUUCGAUCUGUAAGUACUACAUUUAUAUAUCAACAGCUAAGCCAGUGAGUUCAAACAGGACACAACAUGUACAUCUGUGAUAGUCUUGAUACUGCAACUGUACUUGAUAGAAUAUCAUGUUUAUGUUAAUGCACCAGUUCAUGUGUGGUUUGUCUUUUGUUUUAAAUAUUGCACGGUUGUGGUAUAUUUGGUCAUAUAGGGAGGAACUUAUAAAUUCAUGUAGCUUAUAUUUUUUGUAGAAAAUGGAUAACCUUUGUGUCAUUGGUUGAGGUUAUAUGUAUUUUUUAUUCUGGUCCUCUUGAGUUGUAAUAUAAUUAAAUAAAACGAUUCAUUGUAUCUAA